AUGCUACCAAAAAUAUUGUCUACAAUCAACAACAAUAUCAGCAAUAACAAGAUGUCAACAACUAUCGCCAACUCUGUGUCUGCGUAUAUACAAAAGGUACAGAGCAAACUACUGAAUCUCCUCAUUAGUAUAAAACACGAGCUACUGCGACAAAAAGGAAAAGAGGUAAAAUCACUAAAAGUACAUAUUAAACAACAAUUAAGUAUGCGGGAUUAUAAUGCAUUUUUUGAAAGUGAAGAUAGAAUAACUAAUACACUCGCUACAACUAUUAAGAAAACACAAGCUAGCAAGUAUGAAAAAUUAAGAGAGAAACAAAAACAAUUACUUAACAUUAGGGUUGUCCCAGAAUGGUUUUGCAAUAUAACAAGUACAGAAAUUCCAGAUGACAUUCAGUGGCUCCUAUCUUUAGGACCGAAAUUCGCCUUACCUAUAUCCAAUAAAGAGUUUCCACUAUUUAAGAUUAUAGCAGAUGGGGAGAACUGCAUACAGACAAUUAAAGAUAAAGAAAAACAGGAAAUUGAAAGAAACAACUUGACGACUUUAAUACGCGAUUACAUAAAUAAGACGACAAAUACAAUUAGAGAUAAGUUUAUUCAUAAUACCUUUCAUUCUGCUAAGACGUUUCUGAAAAACCAUGACCAAAUUUUAAUCCUCAAUGCUGACAAAGAGAACGUAACUGUAGCGAUGAACAAAGCAGAAUAUGACAUGAAGAUGCAGAAAAUUGUAAAUGACAUCUCAACAUAUAGGGUUUUAAAACGUGACCCUACAAAUAAGCUACAAGGGAAAAAUAAUGAAAUAGUGGAGAAGAUGUAUGCUAAUAAAAUCAUUGAUUUAAAGGAAAAGAACUAUCUGACCUGCAAAACGGCUAAUCCCCCUCGAAUUUACGGAUUGCCGAAAAUGCAGAGAACACCUUUCUAUAACGUUAAAUAUGCGAUCGAGUUCAAAAACAAGAUUGGAAAUACCCAUAUUUAUGACGAUGAAAGUUUGGUGUCUUUUGAUGUCGUAUCGCUAUUCCCGAGCAUCCCCGUAGAAUUAGCAAUAGAGAUUAUAGAUUCGAAAUGGAGUUUGAUAAAAAAGCAUACGUCAUUAACUAGAGAGCUUUUCUUAACCAUAUUAAACUACUGCACUAAAGAGAACCACUACUUCAAAUACAAUGAUAAGAUUUAUGAGCAGAAGCCAGGAAUGCCUAUGGGUUCACCUGCUUCACCUGUCAUAGCGGAUAUAGUUAUGGAAGAACUUUUAAAUAAAUUCGAAAAAGAUUCGGACAGCAAGCCACGGCUACUUACCAAAUAUGUGGAUGAUUUAUUUGCGAUUGUAAAAACGGAAAACAUAGACAAGAUGCUCAACACUUUAAACAAUUUUAACACUUUAAAAUUCACAAUAGAAAUAGAAAAUGAAGGACAACUACCAUACUUGGACACCCUAAUAAUCAGAAAAGAAAGUGGACUUGUAUAA